AUGGGCGCCCAAGGACUCCAAGUAGCAUCGUGGGUCAUCCAUCUGAUGCUGCUGAUUGGCUCACAGGCUAAGACUGCUGAUGCAUCGCAUCUUGGCCGUGUGUGCACGACUUGGGGCAACUAUCACUUUAAGACCUUUGACGGAGACUUCUUCCAGCUGCCUUCAACCUGUAAUCACGUUCUGGUCUCAGAUUGUAAAAGCAGCUAUGAAAACUUUAUCAUCCACAUGAGGAGGAGCGUUGUCAACAAUAUCCCCACCAUCAGUGCCGUCACCAUGAUGCUGGAAGGGUCUGUGGUGGAGCUCUCCAACAAAUCUGUGACUGUUGACGGAAAGACGAUGUCUCUGCCACUUGUCGCAUUUGGAGUGACCAUCAAAAGGACUACGUCAAGCAUAUUUGUGGAAGCUCAGCUUGGACUCAAGGCUAUCUGGAACCUGGAUGACUCCUUGGAUAUUGAAAUUGACGCCAAAUAUCAGAACCAGACUUGUGGACUCUGUGGGAAUUUCGAUGGUAUUUCCAAUGAUUUCAUAAAAGAUGGGGCUCUGCUGUCCGUGGCAGACUUCGGUGAGACCAACAAGGUGAACGGGCCCACAGAGAGCUGCGAGGAGCCUGAACUCAGCCCGGUUCAGAGCUGUGGUGAUAAGAAUCUCUGUGACCAGACCUUCUCCAGUGCUUCAUUGAGCAGCUGCCAGAACCUUCUUGACGUGGAGGCCUUCAGUAAAGCCUGCAUGGCUGACACGUGCGACUCAAAGGACAGCACAGAUUUAGACCUCUGCAAAACCCUGUCAGAAUUCUCCCGGCAGUGCGUUCAUGCUGGUGGCCGACCCCAACAAUGGAGGAAUGAAACCUUUUGCUAUAAGAAAUGCCCAUACAACAUGGAGUUCCUGGAGUGUAGCAGCUCAUGUCCUGACAGCUGCUCCAACCCUCAGGCCAGUCAGACGUGUGAUAGCCACUGCCAUGAUGGCUGCAGCUGCCCUGCCGGAAUGGUCUUUGAUGACAUUGGAAAAACGGGGUGUGUUGCUGUCACUCAGUGUCCAUGUCUGCACAACGACAAAAUCUACCAGUCCGGAGAGGCCUACAAUUUGGGCUGUCGAUCAUGUGUUUGUGAGAGUGGUCACUGGAAGUGUUCAGAGGAAAACUGUCCAGGAACCUGCUCUGUGGAGGGAGGAGCUCACAUCAACACCUUUGAUGGAAAAGUCUACACCUUCCAUGGGGACUGCUCUUAUGUUCUGGCUAAGCAGAGUAAUGGAUCCUCAUACACUGUGCUGGUGGAUCUGGUCAAAUGUGGUCUGACUGACAGCAGGACAUGUCUCAGAGCGGUCACUCUGGCCCUGGACAACAAUUCUGUGGUCAUUAAAAUUCAAGCAUCUGGACAAGUCUACGUCAACACAAUUCUCUCUCAGCUUCCUCUGUUUACAUCUGAGCUGAGAGUCUUCAGACCGUCAUCCUUCUACAUCUUCAUAAGCACCAAGGUGGGCCUACAAGUGAUGGUUCAGCUGGUCCCUGUGAUGCAGGUGUUCGUUUCAGCACACACAUCCCUCAAAGGAACCACCUCUGGUUUGUGUGGGAACUUCAACAACAUAAUGAGUGAUGACUUCAGGGUGAUUAGCGGCCUAGUGGAGGGCACAGCUGCAGCUUUUGCAAACACGUGGAAGACCCGGAUCAGCUGCCCCGAUGUCACCGCACACUUCGGACAUCCCUGCAGUCAGGACGUCAGCAGGGAAAAUUACGCUAAGUACUGGUGUUCCAAACUAACUGAUCCCAAGGGAGUGUUUGCUCCUUGCCACUCUGUCAUCAGCCCCGGCACCUACAAAGAUACCUGCAUGUACGACAGCUGCAAUUGCGAGAAAAGCGAGGACUGCAUGUGUGCUGCUGUCUCCUCGUAUUUCUAUGCGUGCUCAGCAGCAGGAAUCCACAUCAGCGGCUGGAGGUCAACCAUGUGCGGAAAAUACAGUCAGUCGUGUCCAGCAGAAACAGUUUAUGCCUAUAACAUGACCUCCUGUGCUCGCACGUGCCGUUCCCUCAGCCAAACUGAUUAUUCUUGCCUGGCCAGCUUCACGACUGUGGAUGGCUGCGGCUGUGCUGAGGGAACAUACAUGAACGAGGAAGGGCAAUGCGUGCCGAGUGCAAGCUGCCCCUGCUAUGACGGAGACAUAAUAAUUCCAGCCGGCCAGGCCAUCAUCAAAGAUGGCACCACAUGUGUUUGCAGACAUGGAGCUUUUAGCUGCUCAGGGGGAGCCAAACCGCAAACUGAAACAUCGUGUGUUGCCCCCAUGAUGUACUUUGACUGCUCCACUGCUCCUCCGGGGGCCACGGGAACUGAGUGUCAGAAGAGCUGCAGCACUGUGGACAUGGCUUGUAUCAGCACAGGUUGUACAUCCGGCUGCAUGUGCCCAGAUGGCCUGUUAUCAGACGGAGCGGGUGGAUGCAUUAAUGAGACAAGCUGCCCAUGCGUGCACAAUGGUCAGGUCUACCAGCCAGGACAGACGCUGAAAGUGGACUGCAACACCUGCUCAUGCCAAGGAAGGAAGUUUACGUGUACCACCAACGCGUGUGAUGCUGUUUGUGGAAUCUAUGGCGAUGGCCACUACAUCACCUUUGAUGAGAAGAGGUUUGACUUCAGUGGACAGUGUGAAUACACACUCCUGCAGGACCACUGUAGUACUGACCAGGCCAAUGGGAGCUUCACCAUCAUAACAGAAAAUGUUCCAUGUGGAUCGACAGGAACCACAUGCUCCAAAACCAUCAAGAUAUUCUUGGGGGACAAUGAAUUCCAGCUUAAAGAUGAAAGCUUCCAUGUGAUAAAGGGGAACAUCCAGGUGCUCCCUGCUCAGGUGCAAAAAAUGGGUAUUUACCUGAUGGUGACCAUCAAGCCCGGGCUUGCACUCAUGUGGGACAAGAAGACCAGUCUCUUCAUUACACUCAGUCCACAGUUUCAGGGUCAAGUCUGCGGCCUUUGUGGUAACUAUGAUGGCAACAGUAAGAAUGAUUUCACCACACGCUCCUUGGAAACCGUGGCAGAUGUUCUACAGUUUGGUAACAGCUGGAAAGCAUCCUCCAGCUGCCCAAACGCCCAGUUAAUCAGUGAUCCUUGUUCAUCCAACCGCUACCGAGCUGCCUGGUCCCAGAAACAGUGCAGCAUCAUCACCAGUCCCACCUUCAGCAGCUGCCAUUCCAAGGUUGAUCCUGGCCCAUACUUUGACUCUUGUGUGAGGGACUCUUGUGCUUGUGACACCGGUGGGGACUGUGAAUGUCUCUGCACCGCCGUGGCUGCUUAUGCCAAAGCCUGUACUACAGCCGGGGCCUGUGUGAACUGGAGAACUCCAAAGCUGUGCCCUAUUUUCUGUGAUUACUAUAACUCACCUGACAGCUGUGAGUGGCACUACAAGCCUUGUGGGGCUGACUGCAUGAAGACAUGUAGGAAUCCAUCUGGAAAUUGUUCCAAGCUCUUCACCAAGGUUGAAGGCUGCUAUCCACAGUGUCCCCAAGCUCAGCCCUUCUUUGAUGAAGAUAAUAUGAGUUGUGUCACUUGGGACCAGUGUGGAUGUUAUGAUGACCAAGCUUGUACCUGCACUGUCAACGGAAAAAUUUACAACUAUGGUACAAGCAUAUACAACACAACAGAUGGACUAGGUAACUGCAUAACAGCUGAGUGUGCAGCCAAUGGAACCAUCACGAGAACAAUGUAUCCCUGCUUACCAACAACGACCAGUGGACCUACUACAAUCCCUUUUACAUUUAGUACUGUUGGAAACACAACAUCA